GGACGGGCAAAGAUGGACGCAAAAGAGAGAAAGAGGCCUGUCUAUCUAUCCCGGUCUAUCCCCCGGUCUAUCCACACACAUCUGCAGAUGUAUAUAUGUAUAGAAGCAACACGACUCGACACGAACACGCGAUACGAAGCAUACGCCCCAGGUCUUCUUCCCAAAGGGGCAGAGAGCGGCGACUUUCUCUUUCCUCGCUCCACCUCCCGCACCGCACGGCAAAGCGAUCGAUACGGAUAGUGAGGUUGAUAUCGAUAUCAGCCCGAGCUCAGCUUCAUCGGCUUCAGCUUCAGCUUCAACCCUCACUCAACCUUCAGCUUCAUUCAACCUUCCCUCGACCAUAUCCCAUAUCCCAUAUCCCGAGUCAUCGCCGGACCCGGACCCCGACCGCCCAUUUCUAUAUAUAAAAGGCCCCCCUUCCGAUCCCCCAGCUAUAAAAAGGCCCGGCCGUUCGCCACCCCUCGUCCGAUUAUGUUGCUAGCCUCCCAAGCGCAGGCCUUUUCAACUCCACCACGACGUCAGCCCUCUUCCUGCAUCGUACCACAGCAGAUCCAGCAUCAACGUCAACAACAACGUCAACACCAUCAACUCCAAUAUCAAUAUCCAUACCAGCUCCAACACCAGAACAACCACCAGCCUCAGUAUCAUCACCGCCUGCACUGGUCUGCGUCCAGACCCAACGAUCCAGCUGUCUUCCCUUCCUCGCUGGCUCCAUACAACGAUAUCAUCACCACCUCCUCCUCCUCCUCCUCCUCCUCCUCACCCCCUUCCUCCACCUCGACCACAACGACGGCAGACAACUUCUAUACCUUUGGUGCAGACCAGCCUCUGUUCGACUUCCAAGACUACAGCUCGAGUCCGUCGCAGUCACUGAUGCAGUCUGAGCCGCCGAGCAGCAGCUGGCUCGCAGACGGUCAACUGACUCCGACCUCCUCGAGAGCCCGCCAUCACCGCGAGUCGUCUCUGUCCUCCUUGGGCUCCGCUGGUCCCGCGUCUCCAUACACAGCGAAUACCGCGAACCCACAGGUUGCUGGCGAUCUCUACCAUGAGCUCUACGACUGCCACCACCCCGCUUCGAAGCCUCUGACACCUGCGCAUACCCCGUCACAGGAUCAGUUCCUCUCGCCGCAUUAUCCAGCCUACUAUCCCGGUCCCAACCAGCUCCCUUUCAACAUGAGCGCCGACGGCCUGCCAAAACCCAUGGGCGACGCAGAUUUGGCGUCUGCCCGUGCUGGCGCAAGCCAUGACUCACCGUCAACGCCACCGUCCUGCGAGAAUGAAGACAGGCGGAAGAAUGCCUACAGGAGUUCCAUGCCAAAACUCGACCGGACGAUGACGGAUAUCUACGCCGACGAGCUGUACAAUCCCAGUUUCCAGAUCACCUCGGCCCCUGCUGCUCCAACCCCAGCAUUGGCCUCCACGCUCUCGCCGCAGGACGAUGUCUUCACGCAGCGACUCCAGGCGGCGAACAGUCAGCACUUGAGCGCGUCGAACACUCACGCCCCGCUGACGAUGUCUGCGGGAGAACGCUCGCCCUUUCGGCAAGGCUCGCCUCUAGCCCCGUCCGCGGAGAGCUUUGGCUCCCAGCGGUCACCGAACGUUCGAUUCGGGACCGCGACGCACAUGCGCGAGCAACAGAAGGCAGAGAACGAUGCGCGCGCCCUCCAGCAACAGCUGGAGAGGACCUCCCCUGAGCAUACGACCCCAAGGACCAUCUCGCCGAAGGAUGUGGACUUGGUAUAUCACGAGAGUGAGGAGGACGCAAACAUGCCAUUGUUCCCACCACAGCAACCGCAGCAAUCGCCUUCUGCAUACCGCCGGCGGCCCGCAUCUCAACACGAGCCCACCGAAAUCGACGACACGGCAUCUCAACAGAGCUAUGGCAGUAUGGCCACUACAAGGCGGGAGAGCUCCUCGGCAUACUCCACGUCGUCACAUGCUACACAGCAACAGCAGCAAGGCAACUUCAACUUCGCACCGCCUUCUGUCCGGGGCGGCCUCCGACAGAUCCCGCAGCAGUACCCCUUCGUACCUCAAUCGCGCAGACAAACCAGCAACGUCUCAAGUGUUACCGAGGAGGUCCCGGCGACUCUGACAUCGAUGGAAUCGAGCAGCAGCGAGUAUGCGCCCGAGCCCUCCGACAACAAGAAGCCUGCCGAAACUUCCGCCGACAGUGGUACAUACACCUGCACGUAUCAUGGCUGCACACUGCGAUUCGAGACCCCAGCGAAGCUCCAACGGCAUAAGAGGGAGGGGCACCGCAACUCGGCUGCGUCGAUGGCCGCGGGCGGGGACGAGGGCGGCAUGACCUCAGCGGCGCUCCGAAACACCCAGAACGGGCCUCACAAAUGCGAACGUAUCAACCCGUCGACCGGAAAGCCCUGCAACACCAUCUUCUCUCGGCCCUACGACCUCACGCGACAUGAGGACACGAUACACAACGCGCGCAAGCAGAAGGUGCGCUGUCAUCUGUGUACGGAGGAGAAGACAUUCAGCAGGAACGAUGCCCUGACGAGGCACUUCCGCGUCUGCCAUCCGGAUCAUGUGGACUUCUCGAAGGGUCGACGCCGAGGU